AUGUUGUACUCUACACUUGCCCUCGCGCUCAUGGCUUCGGCCGGCGGCGUGCAAGCCGGCUCCCUCAAGGAUAUUAAGCAUAUUAUCCUUUUCAUGCAGGAGAACAGAUCUUUUGACCACGCAAGUAUACCGUCUCCGUACUUCGGCACCAUGGCUGGCGUCCGCAACUUUGCUGACCCUAAUGUCCAGAAGAACAAUGGUGUGCCAGUCACCAAGCAGGCCAUCAAGAGCACCAAGAAUGGCGUCAACAGCUUGUCCCCAUGGCACAUCAACUACCUCGGUGGUGACUGGAAGGACGCCACUCAGUGCAUGAACGGCGGCUCCAAUGGUUGGGACGCGAUGCACGGGGCCUGGAACAACGGCCGCGGCGACGGCUGGGUCACUGCCGACAGUGACUACAACAUGGGCUACUUCAAGCGCGAGGAUGUCCCUACGCACUGGGACAUUGCCGAGGGCUGGACCGUCAUGGACAACUCUCACCAGAGCAUCCUCGGCGUCACCGACCCCAACCGUAUCACCUGGAUGAGCGGCACCGUCAACACCAAGGGCUCUCCUACGAACCCCGAUGGCAGCGGCGGCAACAUCCUGUCCAACCGUGCCAGUCCCGGGUGCGACUCCCCUGGCAACAACUGCUUCCCCUUCACCUGGAAGACGACCCCCGAGUACCUCGAGGAGGCCGGCAUCUCGUGGCGCGUCUGGCAGGACUUUGACAACUUCGAGGACAACAUGCUCGCCUACUUCAAGCAGUACCAGGAUACCCCCUCGGGCGGUGCGCUCCGUGAAAAGGGCAUUUCCUUCCCUGGCCUCGAUUCCUUCUAUGAUGCAUGCGCCAACGGCACCCUGCCCCAGGUCAGCUGGAUCAUCGGCCCCUCGGAGCAGAGCGAGCAUCCUCCCAACAUGCCCAUUGACGGUGCGUGGCUCCAGCGCAACAUCGUCGAGGCCGUCAUCAACAGCCCUGCCUACGCUUCCACCGCCCUCGUCGUCAGCUACGAUGAGCAGGGUGGCUGGGCAGACCACGUCAUUCCGCCCGUUGCCCCUCGUGAUGCUGCGGGUGAAUGGAUUACCGAUCCCUUCGAUGCUGGGCGCGGCACCGUCCCUAUUGGUCCUGGACCCCGUAUUCCCCGCUACAUUGUCUCUCCCUGGACUCGCGGUGGCAACGUCUUCGCCGAGACUGGCGAUCACACCUCUGACAUCAUGUUCAUCGAGGCCUGGGCUGAAGCCAACGGCUACGAUGUCAAGAACACGGGCAUCACCCCGUGGCGCCGCGCCCACAUGACUAACAUGGUCAACGCCUUCGACUUCAACAACCCGGACUACUCCCUGCCCAGCAUCACCUCGGUGCGCACCCCCGAGGCGCUCGACUACGACAACUGGAGCGGCAACCUGACCCUCGGCUCGCUGACCGGGCCCUGGGUCGGCCCCUCCAAGUGCUCCAGCGGCUACAGCCACGGCAACUACCCGGCCGUCCCCUACGGCAAGGAGAACGCCAACGAGGACAUGAACAACCUCGUCGAGGACGGGCACAAGGAGAUCCGCGGCGCCAUCACCGAGGGCCGCUACCUGACCAUCGAGACGGACGGCAUGGGCCUCGGCCGCACCAAGGACGGCAAGGUGGUCGGCAUCGCCGCCGCCGACAAGCACGAGGACCCGGCCCAGCGCUGGUUCAUCACCAACUCGGACGGCGAUCGCUUCGGCAAGACCUUCUUCAUCCAGUCCGCCUCGGAUGGCAGCUUCGUCACCGCCAAGGGCGCCCUCUCCAAGAACCAGAACCAGGCCCAGACCUUCAUCUUCGAGUACGAGGCCGGCAGCGCGACCUACACGGUGCGCCCGGUCGGGGCGGGCAACGGCGGCUACGUCAGCAUCGGCAAGCGGUCCAGCAAGAAGCGCGGCACCAAGAAGUGCCGCGACAUCGGCGAGGUCAACUUUGGCGGGCCGAAGACGUCGUUUAAGAUUCACGGCGUCAACUACCGCUCAUAA